AAGAAGAAAGGGCCAGCCAGAUGUUAUGUGAUGAUGAAAAAGGGAAAAGAGGGCAAGAAAUGGAAGGGCAUUGAUCCCAAAAGAGAAAAAAGAGAAAGGGAAGAAAAAAAGAGGGGGAGGAAGGGGGGAAAAGCGCGCGAAGAAGAAAAAAGGAUCGGCCCACACCCAGGUGAUGUAUCAAGAUCAUCGAGACAUCAACAGAAAAGCCGACGGAUCAGCAUCGGGUAAGGUCCACUCCAAGGAAUCCGUUAGGAAUCCGUGGCUGUUGCCGGAGGCAUCCAUUAGUACUGUACACUUUGA